UGUGGUUAUGAAUUAUUCAGAAAUAGAAUCUAAAGUUCGAGAAGCAACCAAUGAUGAUCCGUGGGGACCUUCAGGGCAACUCAUGGGAGAGAUUGCCAAGGCUACGUUUAUGUAUGAACAGUUUCCAGAACUUAUGAACAUGCUUUGGACUCGAAUGCUGAAAGACAAUAAAAAGAACUGGAGGAGGGUUUAUAAGUCUUUGCUGCUCCUAGCUUACCUCAUAAGGAAUGGAUCAGAGCGUGUUGUUACAAGUGCCAGAGAACACAUUUAUGAUUUGCGAUCCCUGGAAAAUUACCACUUUGUAGAUGAAAAUGGUAAAGACCAAGGUAUAAACAUACGCCAGAAGGUAAAAGAAAUGGUUGAGUUUGCUCAAGAUGAUGAUCGACUUCGGGAAGAGAGGAAGAAAGCAAAGAAGAACAAAGACAAAUACAUUGGGGUUUCUUCGGACAGUGUUGGAGGGUUCCGAUAUAGUGAAAGAUACGAUCCUGAGCCCAAGUCAAAAUGGGAUGAAGAAUGGGAUAAAAAACCAUCUUUUCCAUUCAGCGAUAAGUUAGGUGAGCUAAGCGACAAAAUUGGAAGCACGAUCGAUGAUACUAUCAGCAAGUUCCGACGGAAAGAUAGGGAAGACUCUCCAGAAAGAUGCAGUGACAGUGAUGAGGAAAAAUCAAGAAGAGGUAAAUCUCCCAAAGCUGAAUUUAAAGAUGAAGAAGAGACUGUGAGAACGAAACACAUUCAUAUUACACAAGCUACAGAAAUUACAACCACCAGACACAAACGCACAGCAAAUCCUUCAAAAACCAUCGACUUGGGAGCAGCAGCACAUUAUACAGGGGAUAAAGCAAGUCCAGAACAGAAUGUUGCUGCUCAUAAUGCACAACCUACAGCAAAGGCUUCUGUACCCUCUGCCAGCAAGUCAUCAAAUGACCUGGUUGAUCUGUUUGAUGGAGCUAGCCAGCCUGUCUCAACAGGUGGAUCAAGUGACCUGUUUGGAGGAUUUGCUGAUUUUAGUUCAGCUGCUGCUUCAGCAAGUUUCCCAUCAUCACAAGGUACAGCAACAAGUGGAAAUGGAGACUUUGGUGACUGGAGUGCCUUCAACCAAGCUUCUCCUUGUCCCAGUGCUUCACCUGGAGAGCUCUUCAGCACCACGGCACAGCAGCCAGCUAUAGACCUCUUCAGUAGCUCACAGUCAACUUCUGGCCAGCCUCCGACUGCUUCAAAUUCUACUGAUCUCUUUGAUUUAAUGGGCCCUUCUCAGACAACCAUGACGGCUUCACAAAGUAUGAAUUUCUCUAUGAUGAGCUCCAACGCUGUGGGCAUCAGUUUACCCAUGUCAAGGUCACAGCCUCUGCAAAGCAUGGACACUAUGAUGCCGAAGCCUACCCCUCUUUAUAAUGCAAGCACAGAGAUGGUCCAGAAGAAUUCAAGCAAAACUCUGCCCUCAACUUGGUCAGAUCCCAGUGUAAAUAUCAGUUUGGACAAUUUAGUACCUGGGAUGCAGCCUUCCAAACCCCAGCAGCCAUCACUUAAUUUCAUGAUGCAGCAACAAAAUAUGCAACAACCCGUGAAUGUCAUGACUCAAAACUUUGCAGCUGUGAACCUCAAUCCUCAGCCCAACAUGAUGCCCGUUCGGCCCCAGACAAGCCCCAUGAUGGGAGGGCCCAUUCCCGUGGGGAUGGGAAUGCCCGGGGUGAUGUCAGGUACGAUGGGAAUGACGUCCCUGGGCCCCACGCCUAUGAUGAACCAGGGAAUGAUGGGAAUGAACAUGAACAUGGGGGUUCCGGCUACGGGAGUGGGUUUGACGGGCGCACUAGGGAUGGGGGUACACAAUCUCGCUAUGACCUCUCUGGCUCCUGGGACUGUACAACCCAAGCAAGAUGCCUUUGCAAAUUUUGCCAAUUUUAGCAAAUAAAAGAUUGUAAAAUAAGUAAAUAAAAUGAAAUAAACCUGAAAUAAAUGGGCAGACUGAAUGAAGGAUUUUUAGCUGCACAAAUAUAGCUGGGGAAGGGAUGGAAAACACUGAUCAAUACUUUUUUUUUUUCUUUAUCAGUUAAAGUGUCUACAUGAAGAACCAAAAGCUAUUUUCUAAGUGUUGAAAUAACUAGUUCAAAUUCUAGAGAGGUGAAAGGUUUCUUCUAAGGAGUGUGUUAGAUGAUUUUGCAAAAUAAUUUGUACUGAGACCAUCAGAAAACCUUUCCUAUCUAGAAGAACCAAUUUUAACUUUGAAACUUGAUGGAAGACUGGAAUGGGGGUUGGGUGAAAAUGUUUGAAUCUAAUUUUAUACUUUUCUUUUUUCUUGAAGAGCUUGACUUUCUUUUCCCCCUCUCCCUGAUCGCUUUGUCAUAAUCGGAUCAUUCCUUUUACUACCACUGAGUUCACAAUUGAAGUCACUCAAGUACUAUGAUCAGUUUUUUAUAAGAAUAUAUAUUUUUGUCCAAAAAUGGCUUACCUAUGUGAUUAUGGCUAAUUCAAAGGGACCUGGAAUGUAUAUAUACUUUUGCUAAUGUUCCAGCCACACUGCUACAUUACCCAAAUUUUUAUCAUAAAAAUCCUCUCUUGGCAGUUUGGUGAUAAACCGAUUUUUGGGGACUUAACGUGCUUCUAUUGUUAUAACUGAUAUCCGGCACGAGGCUGAAGAAGCUUUAUCCAAGACUGCUGGAAGGUUUCCUUUCAGAAAACUCAAAAAAAAUGGACUUUUUUGCAGUUCUUUUACAGUGGCACUGAGCAUCCUUUGUACCACCAAUGUCCCUAUGGAGCCACUGGUUUAGGACAUUGGCAGCAGCCAAAAGGCAAAAAUAUUUAUUUUUUGGCAUCAUUACAAAAAAAGUAACAAGGUGAAUUACACUUAAGUUAUGUAACUCUGUAACCCUACCUUAAUCCAACAGCAUUGGAUCUUAGCUUUUAUACCAUAUUCGGUGAUUCUCUUGUGUACAUAUGGCAUUAGCAGCUGUGGAAUCCAAUAGAGGAGUAAAAUAUAUAUAUAUAUUAAUAAAGGAAACCUGUAGCAGUCAAAGACUUUACUGAUUUACUGAAAACAAAAGAAUGAAAUAAGGUUUUAGGGAGUUUUGUUUUUUCCUUCUGUAAUUCUGCAUUUAAGUUCACAUGAAUCAUGAUUCUAGAAUCUGGAAUACGAAGACAUUGUUAUAUUUACAAGCUGGGAAUAUUGUUAAGAAAAAGCACUAUACUAUAGGUAUGAAAUAUAUUGCCUCCCUUUUCUUAUGUUGGAUUUCUUUUUUAUUAUUAAAUUGAUAAAACUUUGUUUCCAUUGUAUUCAUAAUGUUCUGUUAUACAUAACAUUAAAAUGUUCAUUAAAAUCAA